CUGAGCUGAGCUGAGGAGUGAUUACAUCUGUAAUAAAACUGUGUGCUGUUAUUAGUCAGAGCAACUCCAUCUUUGUUCCUAUAACCUGAUUAAACAACAACUAUGGAGCUACUUCUGGAUCUGCUGUGUUUGUGUCUUCUGUGUUUGACCGGGAAAAGACUUUGUGAUGAAAACGAGCCAAAAUAUAUCAUAGUGAAAGAAGGGACAGAUGUUGUGUUACCAUGUUCUCUCAGCACCAAGGAGAACGUUGAGUCAAAAGUGUUUGACUGGAGGAAAGUUGCUCAGAAAGAUGAUGGUCUGAAGGAGGUGUUCAUGUAUGAAAAAGGCUUUCAUUACAAUAACGGUCGUCCAGGUCAGAGUGAGCAGUUCAAAGGUCGAGUCUCACAUUUUGAAGAUGAACUGAAACAUGGCAACGCCUCCAUAAUCAUCAGAAAUACAAAGAUAUCUGACAGUGGAAACUACACCUGUGAUUUUCCAAAACUUCAGCCACCUCAAAAAUUCUACAUUGAGAUUGUUGUUGGUGCCGCUUUAAAACCAUUUGUUACAAUACUUGAGUGCAACAGCAUGCUGGCGCUGCUGCAGUGUGAGAAGUUCAUGGCAAUCAAAACCUGA